AUGCUGCGUCGCACAUCGCAAUGCCUGUCACGGCGCCAGCCUUCUCUCCUGAAGCCACGCUGCCUCAGCACGACUGUUCCGCAUAGACUGGCUACUCCGACUUCUGGUUUCGCUCCAACAUGGGACAAGAUCAAAGAGACACUGAAGCCUCCGAUCCAUCAAUUCAUGCCAAAACCUCACCCUUCCUAUACCCUUGAUACCCCCACACCGGCAGACUCGGACCGUCUCCUGCGCACAUGCACCGUCCUGACUUCAGAUCCCUCCACCACCCCUCUCCAAGACUUGCUCGAUCGCAUUCCUCAAUUCCAACAAGGGAACGAGUCUGGUCUCUUUACCGACUUUCUCCUCCUCGUCACCCCUUCCUACGCCGCAAGCCUGCGUAACCAGAAACAUGUCAUUGAACAAGCCUUGACCCGCAUCUUCCCUGUGCAAGAGUUGGACAAGGACAUACAUGACUCACUCGGCGGAGAUUCCAGGGAAGCCGUCCGACUCGUCGCUGCAGUUGUCGAUAGGUUACCCAACCCUUCUGCACUGUCUGCUUCUGCUGUUGGCGACACCGGCUCAGAAGGAAUUGCAUUGCGAUUGAUCGCCAAUGAGAACCCAAUCUGGAAGCCGGAACUCGCAACCGACGACCCUCGUGCUGCUCUCUCCGACAACAAGUUCCGUUUCUUGAGCUUCCACCUCAACGACUCUUCUACGCCUUCUCACAUGCUCCCAAUUGUACAACUACCUCUUGCAAACACCAUCUUCCACAACGGUCUAUCCUCUACUCUCAUCUGGCGCAAAUAUGCUGUGCAACAAGCCGGACAGGGCCUCACUCAGAUAGAUGAACAAGUUUGUGACUCGCAUCGUGUCAAACUUCCUCAGCAAGCAGGCUCUCAUGAGGCCAACUCUCUUGCUCUGUCUGUACCUCUUGUUCCAUUGACAUCUGCCAGAUCUGUUGUUGCAUGUAUGGGAAACAUUAUUCGUCGCUUGUCUGCCAAUUCUGGUCUCGGUCCUCAAGAUGAUACAAGGGAAGCCAUUCUAGCCUCUCACGAACUCGAGCAGUCUGUUACUUCGUACCACAAAACUCGCGGCCUCUCUCCCCGUGCCGUCUCUGUCUGGGCUCUCGUCAUCCCAGAAAAGUCCUUCACUGGAGGUCUAUCAAUGGCAGCCAAGGUCCUUGGCGAGCGAAAUCUGCCCGAGUUGUGGAAGGCUGGUUCUGACCAUGAUACCGAUCCUUCUCAGCCCAACCUCUUGACCUUGUUACAACAUGGAGCUCGUCUCCACAAGGUUCUCUCUGGAGGCGGCGGUUGGGGUAAGAAGGCUGGCCUCCUUUCCUUGGAUCCUGAUACUGGCUACGGUCAGCAUCCGUCAUGGGAAGAGAUUGCACCCGCGCAACAGACCGAGCCUGAGUAUAUCCAAGGUCUAUCACCCGUACCAGCAGACUUGCAUCGCAUCUGGGGCUUCGAACCUCAAGAACUUCCUAGCAUUGUGAACAAGGGAGAUUACAUCCAAUUCUACAUCUCACCAUCUGCAUCUUCCGAAGAAGCACCCGCACAGCCUGAGCCGGCCGCGAGCACGCCAGACCAGACCACGUCGAAUGUCAAGACUGUAGAGUUCGGCAGUAUCCCUAGUACCGUCGACGACAUGCCGAGCGGUCAAGCAUCUCCAUCAGCUGCACAAAGUGUUGUGCAAACAUACCCGAAUCACUUUGGUGCUCUGUCCGAAACUGGCAUUGCCAUGUUUUUCGGUCUUAAAUCAGACAAAGCAUCUUCUUCAAACAUUCAUGAUGCUACUGAUGCAGCUACAAAGGUCGACGUGCCUUUUGGCCGAGUCAGAUCUCAGUCUCAAACUUCGGCAGCAUCUUCCAAGCCUAAACAGGCUGCGACAGGCUUUGGUUUCUCACCGACAAAACCGUUGCAGUCAAUGUUCUAUGGCCGCUAUAUAUCACGACAGCUCCUGUAG